AUGGCUGCCAUCGCAGCUCACCAAGCAGACGAUGAGCAAGCUGUGCGUCUGGGUAGAGAGUCCAAGACUCAUCGCUUGACGCUUAAAGGUCUGCUCGAGCACCAGUCCGCUUCACCCACUGCACCGGCCAUCGACUUUGCUAGGAAAGAAGCGCGCAAUUCGAUCCUCCGACUGCUCUUCGCUUGCACUUUCAGCAGCAGAGCUCAGGGUGCCGAUGUUGCCUUAUGGACAGAGACGACCCACCCGCUCGUCCACCUUUACCGAAGUCGCCUUAGCGCGUUCGAAAAGGACUUCAAAAAGGCUGCUGCCGCCUCUGCCGAGGAUGCUGCGCCCACAUCGGAGACCUCUUCCCUCACUCGCAAAUUCAGGCCCAGUCGCAGCCGCGAUGAUGGCAAUGUCAAGUCAAAAAGCGACAAUGGCCCAGGUCAAGCUCAAAAGGCAGCAGACUACCUUCGUCUUGCCGCUUCCUUUCGAGACUUCCUAGCCAGUGAGGAGAAUUUCUGGAGGGAGCUUGCCGGUCGAGUAGUACGCGUCUUCAGACUGGAAGAAGCGCGACCGCACAUGAAGGCACUAGGCAUCCCUUCUGAUGAAGCGGAGUGGUCCAUUAGCGCGUCAGGAGAUUCUUCCACCGCUUCGACCGGAAUGGAACGCAUUUCUGGCACCCAGCAAGCCCAGCCUGCCUUGUUACGAGCCUCGCAACUGCCGGAGAAUAGGAAGCGCCUCGUAGAGAUGGUGCACAAGGCGCUGAUCUACUGUGGCGAUUUAGCUCGCUACCGCGAGCUCUACAGGGAGGACCGACGCGGAAGAGCUGAUGCUCCCACUGCUGCUCCUGGCAGCGCCGACGCAGCGCUUGGCAAGAUGGGCGGCGGCAGAAGCAAGGGCGUGCCUCGUGGAGGGAAAGCCGCGAUUGCUGUUGCGACUGCUGCUGCACGCUCGCACAAAGAGGUAUCGAGCCACCGCGACUUCUCUCGGGCUAUCACUUGCUAUGAGCAAGCUCGACUAUUGGUACCGGACAAGGGAAACCCGUCCAACCAGCUGGCUGUCAUGGCCACAUAUUCUGGGGAUACGUUUGCUGCUGUGCAUCAUUACUAUCGUGCGCUUUGCGUGCGCCACCCCUUCGAAACAGCUCGCCAAAAUCUCAAGGUCACUUUGAGGAAGGCGUUCGAUAUCUGGAAUAAGAGCGGCUUGCUCGAGCGGCUGGAGGCUGGUGACUUGCAUGCUGUGUCGGUGGACGAGACAGGCCCGAUCAAUGAGAGAUUCUCGCACGCAUCCUGGAAUGCGGUCGCCCUUCACCACUUUUUCUACUCCCGCACGCAGUGAGUGAUGAUGAAAUCUUUCAGCACCGUCAUGCUCCUUGGGAGCUCACUAUCUCACCUUUCAUCGCUGUUCCAACCAGCUUCCUCGCUGCCCAGCGGCUCUCGAAACAAUUUCUUGUCGAUCUUGACUCAACUUUGGCAGAUCGUGUGCUUGGCACCGACGUCAUAGUGCGUCUGGUCGUGACAGCUUUGUCAACGUCGUGGACGACGAGACUGUGGCGCACUAGUGGCGGCGGCACCCAAAAGAAGGAAAAGCCAAAAAACAGUCUCCCAAAUACUAGUGGAGUCAUUGCAUCGCCAGUCGACGGAGUCUACGCGGAACACUUCAUCUUGAGCCACGUCCUUGGCUUGUUCGAUGCGCUCGUCAAGUUUGGCACAGCUCAGACGCGGGAAGCUUUGCGCUCUCAGGCUAGUGCCGUAGGUGGCACUUCGAACCCUCCUCAAGAUUCCGCGUCGGCCGCUCGCAAUAUCACUGCAGCGUUCAGAAGGACAUUGCCCGCUCUUCGCGUUUGUUCCAAAUGGACCAAGAGCCAUUUAGAAUACAUUUCAAGGUGCUCCGAACAAGCAGCUGCAACUUCUUCUCAAGACAGCGGCUCCACCAGGACCGCGUCGCAGUCUCAAGAGGAGCGCGCAGAAGCCGAUGCGAAGGCUAGUGCGGAGGCGGCACUGGUUCGAACCACGCCUGCGCUCUGGCGUACCUAUGCCGACUUUGCAAAUCUCAUCCGCUUCGCCUUUCCAUUCGACAUUCUCCCAAAGUUGAGCGUGAUGGGCUCAGGCGGUGCCGCGCCUCUCGCACUCGAAGAAGACAGCGAUCUGCGCGGAUUUGCUCCACUUCGAAAGGCUACCAUGUACGUCAACGGAGAUACGCCCGGCUCGGCCAUUGCUGCGCACGAUGGCAACCACGCAUCACCGCAUUCUAGUCCACGCACUGCGCGUCCUAGUCAGGUACAUCCAAACGAUGAGCAGCUCAUGCGCAUUGCCGAUCUUCUGAUUGAUGCCAAAGUCAUGGCCGAGUCGGAUGCAUGCCCCCUUGCCUUCGACGACACGCGUCGCGUAUUCUACGUCAACGAGUCUGGCCCAGGAAUGGUAGGCGGCCCUGAAGUACAGAAGCAAACCCAUUUGGUGAGCCAGUCUGCCGAUGCAAAGGACGAGCGCAAUCCGCAAACAGGAACAGAGACGCCCACGAGAUCGUCUUCGGAUCUCAGUGCGAGUGCAAGUCGACGAAUCCGCUUCGAUGAGCGGUCCGAGGCAAAUUCCUCGGAGGCUACAGAGGAUGUCGUGGACAUGGCCAUGCGCGCGGGUGCAGGUCGCCAAGGUUCCUCGGACGUUAGCUUAGUGGACGACAAUGACAAUGAAGACGACGAUGGAGAUGUCAUCUUGAUUCCAUCCGCUCAGCGUCGCUUUGCCGAGCUGGCGCAGGCAUUCCCUGCCGUUGCUGUAAGCCCUUCGCCGGCUGCCCUGGGCUUCGACGAUGGUUCCUUCACUUCCAAGCCGCAGUCGAGGCGCGAUACAGUGGUGAGACCGGUUCCUGCCGCCGCUCAAGAAAGUCACCAAACACCUCAAAAUGUCACAGCUCAACACUUGCUGCUGCAAGUUCUGACCGGGCGCAGUCCCGCCACACCCACAGGCGCUUCUCCUUUGCGUCAGCCGCCUACCCCGCAUUCCGCCGGCUUCGGUCAGCAACCUUCGCAAUCUCCAUUUGAUUCUCCAAGCGGAGCUCGUACUCCCUUGCCAUCUGAUUCACAACAACCCCAAACGCUCUUCGGUGGCAUUGGCGAUCCGCAAGCUGGACAAGCCAGCAUCUGGUCAAGUGGUGGUCUGCCGCGCUCUGGCGCUUUCUCGCACGCUUCUGGCCCCAGUGCAGCCCGCAAUGCCUGGGACGCUGCCCAACACAGUGGCGGACGCGAAAGAAUCCCAAGUGGCGGAGGCGGCGCAGCCACUCCCACCUUUGGUCCAAUUGGCUCGACGACGAACGCAUCUGGAGUGGCGCAGAUUCCAUCUCAUCUCGCCAGCGCAUUUGGAGGCCAGUACGGUGGUCUUGUUAGCGUUCCUCCUCAUCAAGGCUUAGGUCCGUCGCAAAACUCCACUCCACCCUCCGCCCCAUCUCCUCAACAUUGGUCCAACGCUUUCUCGACUCAGACCACGGGUCAUUCUUUCGCUUCAGUGCCCUCUCACAUGGCACCCUCUCACGAGGCCAGUCGUGGCACCAGGCACGGCCCUAUCGGAUCCCCGCCUGCAUCGGCCAAAGGCACUGGCGCUUUCGACCGCAUCGGUCAGAUGGGCUUCCAUUCUUCUCACCAGCUCCAGUCCGGCGCAGGCUUGCAUUCUAGCCAAGAUGUAAGCCAGGCCCAGGCACGCCAAGACUUUCUACGCACAAGCUGA